UGAAGAUGAACAAGCAUUGAUUAUCAAUGAAAAGCCAACAACUCCAUAACAGAUUUCAUAAUUCGACAUUGGAAUUCGUUUAUUCACUUCAAUUGGAACCCAGAGACAACAGAUCCAAUCCUUCAAAGUAAUUUUAAUGCUCCUCCUUCCACAUUAAUCAUGGAGGUAAAGCCAUCAGAUUCAGACAUUGUUGUUAUUGAGGAAUUCAACAGGACAAAGAAAGACUGGGACGAUGCCUAUGUGCACACCCUAAACCACAUUCGUGCCAUUCAAGAUUACAAUAACCAUAUCAACAACAACAACAACAACAAUGGAGAUUCGUUGGCCAGAUUGAAUGGACUUGCUCAAGACGGAUUGGGUAUGCUUACUACGGCACUAUUCAAUCUUGAUCUCCUGGCCCCACAACUUCCCAGAUAUCACAAUGCCCACUUGUUACUUCACUCAUGGAACAAUCAGAUUCAAAGCCUGCGGUCAAGUUUGAGAAAAGCUAAUCUGCAAGCAAAGGCUAGCAUGAGGAAAGCUACCAGAGAGGAGAGGGAGCUUCUCUUGGGAGGGGGAGAAGAGUCCACAGCUCGAAGGCUCAAGUUACAGACUAAAGCUGGAAUGACAUCUGCAGCGGGGAUCAUUACAGAGAGCCUUCGCCGCACACGACAGCUGAUGAUUCAGGAGGUUGAACGAAGUGGAAGCACACUCAUGGCUUUUGAGGAAUCAAAAGAAGUGUUAAAGAAAGCAGAAAGAGAAUACAAGGGUCAUCAUUCAUUACCGAUGCGAACACGUAAAUUGCUCUUAACAAUGAAACGCCAAGACGUUCUCGGCAGGAUUAUACUUCUUGUUGGAUUCGUCUUAUUCUCCUUAGCUGUUCUUUACGUUGUUUCAAAGCGAAUUGGAAUACUCAAAUUGCAGAGAAAGGUUAUAGGUGCUAUCAGAGCUCGUAUGGUGGGAGAAGCCGAAAUCGAUAAGGGAACACCAGGUGUAGCAGAUGCUAUAAACCACCUUGCUCAGAUCAAUGAACAUGCAGUUCCAAAUGCUGAUGUUGGUUUAGAACAACAUAUGCAUGAUGAACUUUGAACAUUUCAAAGUCUGCACACAAAAAACACAAGAUGGGCAGGUAUAUUUCUGUAAACAAUGUGUUGUUUUUGUCUUAGGUUUUGCCAGUUUUUAGUAUUCUUGAUCUGUUCAACUGUUUGUGUCAUUAGCAUGGUUUAAAGU